AUGUCGUCGCCGGCUCGGUCCCUCGUCUCUUCUCUGACCUGGUGGUCCCGAAUCUUUUGGGAAUUUGUCGAGAGUGACUUUCUCACUUUUGCUGUUCCCAACACGAUAUUUGGCCUCAUAGGAGCGGCGGCUGGGAGCUCUGCUGGACUCGUCGCCGGACCAGAUCCGUCACCCGUUGACAUCCUCAAGCGUUACCCCACAGUCCUCCUGUUCAACGCCUAUAACCUCUUGAUCUUUAACCUUGCGAACCAACGAUCGCCCGAGUCGAUUGCUGAAGACCGUGCAAACAAACCGUGGCGUCCGAUCCCAUCGGGCAAGAUCACCCCGGAGAAGACUCGCCAAGCACUCGUCUGCCUCCUUCCGGUGGCACUGUGGCUGAACUACAGCUUCAAUGUCUGGAAUGAGGGCCUCCUGAUCCAGCUUUUUAGCUGGUACUACAAUGACCUCAGAGCCGGCGACUCAGUCUUCCGUGAUGCCAUCUUAGCCACAUCAUAUGGUCUUUUCAACCUGGCUUCGCUCCGGCUGGCCAUCGGUCCCCACAACAGCGUCACUCAUCGCGGUCACACGUGGACGGCGUUGAUCAGCGCCGUUAUCCUCACCACGAUGCACAUACAGGAUCUCAAGGACCAGGAAGGUGAUCGCCAGCGCAGCCGGAAGACCGUCCCUCUCCUUUUUGGGGACGGGGUGGCGCGCUUGGCGCUGGCCUUCUGCGUCUUGUUCUGGUCCUGCGCCUGCGCCUCCUUUUGGCAGCUUACAUGGCGCAGCUAUGCCUUGCCGGUUGGCCUGAGCGGGUUCAUCGCCUGGAGGGUGCUGACAAAGAGGGAGGCUCGCGAGGAUGCGCGCACAUGGCGGUUAUGGUGUCUCUGGCACUCAAUGCUGUAUGCAGGCCCCCUGUUCGGCAGAGCAUGA